AUGAUAAACCCUCUCAACAUUGGCGCCGAGGCCACACGCGACAGCGGCAUGCUGUCUCAGGAGUACGUCGCGGUCACGGCCCAAUAUUUCGUGGUUGGAAUGCAUGGCAACGCGUUGCUGUUGUCCCUGCCCCCGGCCUUCGUCGACAGCUCAGAAUCUGGAAACGAGUCGGUGGGCAAGUCGCAGAACCCGGCCAGGGGCCAUACGAUCGCGCAAUGUCAGAGCUCGAACGGCAAGGCGAGGGUCCACGGAAGCGAGCGCGACGCGCGCGUCACAUGCAGGCUUGGAGCGACGCCAAGUGGGAUUCAAGGGUGGAGGAAGGACAUGACGGGAAGCAAGCUCUUGUCGAAGCACGAGGAAGCGGUGACCCCACCGAACAGUAACAACGCCAAACCCUCAACAUUUUCCGAAGAGCGCUUGAAAUGGGUGCCGAGGAAGCGGCAUAACUCGCGCUGGCCGAUCGAACCGAAGAAGGAAUCUACACGAAUGGUGGCCGACCUACAACCGUUGAUCGAAUUCGAGGUGCCCGCGUCGCCCGCCCCGAGCGAGGCCAAAUUAAGGAUGGACGAGAACCAGAUGGGGAGGCGCUCUACUCGCCGGCUCAGCAGGCGCAUCUCUCUCAUUCCAGGAGAGGGUUCACCUCGGAAACUCCCCAUGAUCACCUUGUCACCCGCCGAGAUCUCAACGCCGAUGAUUUCCCCAAUCAAGAGACCACCUGUCUCACUCUCGCCAACAAAGGUCGCCGACUCACCGCACCGCUCAUUCAGAGUUAGCGCCACGCCUAUGAAGGUUGUUUUGGACACGCCUAAAAUCAACCCACCGGAGAAGUCUCCAGCAAAGCCUGUCGGGUCACCAGCCACACCCGAGAAUGGGGCAUCUGCCUCGGUUGCCGAGAUGGCGGACCCCCCAGCUUCGGAAGCUUCACCUGCCAGCCCCCUUCCGUUGAUGUUCGACCAACCGAUUCCGGACGUCCGAGAUGAGCCUCAGUAUGAAGCCUGCAGGCGACGCUCGCUCCAGUCCGCACGUAGAAGUGAUCGCGGCUCGAGUGGUGCGUCGCGGCUGCUAGCUCUUAAGAGCGGGCGCACUAGUCCCAAUCGUAGGCACAGCUUUACGUCGCUUGAAGAACUACCGGCAGAUGUCGGCGGAAGUUCCAAAGGCAGGCGAAACACCAUGGACGCUUUCUGCGUGGACCCAGAGGAGAUCCGCGGUGCCACGAGUGGCGAGGAGGUGGUUGAGAUCGAUAUGAAGACCAGCCUCGAUAUCUUCGGUCAGCCGAGCAAGACUACUGAUUCUGCCCCCCGACGCGACGGUAUCAGUGAGCAGGAGACAACCGAGGAGACGCGGCCUCUCGAGUUGGAAGCCCGCUCAACGCCGCCAGCCGAUGUUGUGCCAAUGGAGGCUGUUCCGGCACAUGGUGAUGAUAGCGUUGCCACCCAAGGACCCGUUUUCGCAACCAGCCCGACGGCCACCAAGGUCGACAUGGGGCACGACUCAACUGUGGAAUUUACCCCUCACACCUCAACGGAAGCAUGGGAUUUCGGAGAGGAAAGCGAUUCCGAUGUCAUGUUUAUCCCUCAGGACCCCGAAGGUCUCUCAACCAUCUUCGAAGAGUCGACUUAUCUCGAGGAUGAAUCUCCAGCAAACGAGGUCGAGCACACUGCUCAACCGCCAACGACUGAUUCCAGCACUCCGUCAUGCCUUGCUGAGGAGCAGCCGUCUGACGACGAGCUAAUCAAAGAGCAGCUUGCCAACAGCGAGCCUUCGGUCUCCGAAGAGGGGGUGAAUGAGGCGUCCACAAGUGGAGAAGCGACCCCCCCACGCUCUACGUCGGCAGAAGGAAGCACAACGAUAGAUGUCGCGUCAGAAGAUGCGGUCGAAGCUUCAGUGGAUGAGCGGCCCGCAGCCGGGUCGGUGCCUGAGCCGCACGUCUCCGCCAGCCACGUCGCCGACACCGCAGCUUGCAUGGCCUCUCCUGAUUCGCCGCUCCUCGAAGACGAAGCUACCUCAACAGAAACCUCGCACGAGGUUCAGGAGACCAAGAAGAUCGAACUCGAACCCCCAUCAAGCGGCGCAGAGUGCGACGCGCCAAAGCGGGAUUCAGACAUGGCCCAAGCCCCGAGUUCCCCCUCUCGCGCGGAAGGCUCCACGGCUCUGAUGCCGGGGACCCCGAAUGCUACCACGGCAGCAAGCUCCAUGGAACAGAUUUCAACACCGGAGAACAAUGCGGCCACAGCUGCCACCCAAGAGGAGAGCUCUGGGUUCACUCCCAUCAACGGCCGCCAGCCAUCGCCUACGAAUGCCCCGCCCUCGCGUCUCCGGGACGAGGAUGAGCUGGAGGCUGACCAAGAAUCGGAUGAGCUCGACGCCGAUGAAGUAUUGGAGGAGGAACUCGUGGUAGAGGACGGUGAUGAGGCCGCUAUGGCCAUGGACCUGGACGAGGACAUGACGGUCGAAGCACCCAGACCAGAAUACGACACGCUACAGCUGCAUUCCAGGCAUGACGACUCGGAGACGGAGAUGCUGCGGAACUUUGUGACACGGGUGACAGCAGAUAAGAACGCCAAGGCGGCAGCAGCAGCGGCCGCGCUCGUGCAGAAGAUCGCCCGUCGUUCUAGCUCCAUCGGAUCUACCACCUCCACCGGUUCCCCGAUGACCAAACCAGCACCAGAGUCUCCCGCCAGCAGGACGCCGUUGGGUGUGAAGAGCCCCAACAGCCCGAGCCUAUCCAAAAAGCGCAAAGCCGAAUCUUUUGACGGCGAUGACUUGGCGAAGGAUGGCCCAGCAGAGGGCCCAUCCGACCAGCCCAGCGAACCGCGCCGCCUCAAGCGGCGACGCACGCGCGCCGUCGACCCCAUCCUCUCAAAAUCCUCUUCCGAAACCACUACCACAACCCCCUCCCCAGAACCUGGCCCCACCACCACCACCAACAGCGGCAGCGGCAGCGAACACGACGCCGGCGGCGGCGGCCCACGCCGCUCCACGCGCGCCCGCAGCACGCGGGUCGCGCUGCGCCCUUCGGCGCCCUCGGCCAACUCGAUCGCCUUCUCCAUGAUCCCCGUGCGCCUGCCCGGGAUGGGCGCCAUGGACGAGGCGGCCAUGGACGCGCACCUGGCGUCGAUGGCGCGGCAGCGCAGCGAGGAAAAGGGCCUGGCCGCCGCCACCCGCGCCAAUACCCGCAAGAACAAGGGCGCCGCCCUGCCCCCGCCCGCGGUGCUCGCGCGCCAGGCGGAGGACCCCGCUGGUUGGCGGAUGAGGGAGUUGAAGGGGGUUUGGGAGGCCAAGGAGAGGAGGGCCGGGAGGGGUGGUGAGGGUGAGGGUGAGGGGGGGGUAGAGGAGACGGAGGAGCCGAGCGUGUUUCGCGGCAUGGCUAGGGAGUUGCUCGCGGACGUCAUGGAUGAUGACGGGGUGGAUGAGAUUGCCGAGGCCGAACCGCCGAUGCCGGCCGAGCCUGUCGUUGAGAAGACGGCGCGUGUGGCGGCUCGGAAAGGCGGCAACGCGGCUGCGGCCCCUGCCCCUGCCCCUGCGGCCGCUCCUGCUCCUGCUCCCGCGGCGCCCGUGUCCACCAGGCGCACGAGGUCGUCUAGGCUGCCGCCUCCAACGCCGGUCAAGAAGAUGCGUGGUUCGGAAAAGACGGGCGGGGAGAAGGCGGCUGCCGCUGAAAAGCCCGCUGUCGAGAAGCCUGCUGUGGAGAAACCCGCCGUCGAGAAACCCACCGCUGCCCCGAGCCUGCGAACCAGGGCGCGGUCCUUGCCCAAGCGCACAGCUGCAACUGCGGCUCCUGCCCAGCCGGCGGUUGAGCCGACACCUGCUGCUGCGGCCACGAAAUCGGGGGUGACCACGCGGCGGACGAGGGUCACGAAGUUGGGGAUGAGCGGGAAUGGGACACCGGCGCCGAAACGGAGGGGCAAGGCGGCGGCGGUUUAG